UAGCCGAGCUCUUCCAUGUCUGUCUGCUUGUCCUUUUUACGAACAGCUGGCUCCUACGUGUGAAUCCGCUCCCUGCCUCCAGCACAGAAGGAGGCGAUCUAAGAAUUGAGAACAGUGAGAAUGAAGCAGCAGCAUGAAGCCGGCAUGAAAGAGCGCCCGGAGUCUGGAAGAUUCAUGCCCUCCUUUCUCUCCCUCUCCCCAUCUCACAGCUCCAAGAGGCCACAUUUUGGAUGUGUGAGUGGAACACCUUCUGGUAGUGGCUGGUGGGUGGCUCCCAGCAGCAUUUCCCUUCCCUGGCAGGCUCCUAGAAUAGCCCACCACAUCCUCAUCCUCCUUCCCAAGGCAGAGUGUUUUGAUGGGAUGGGGUGGGGGGAAGGAGGAACCAGAAAGGAAACGCCACUGAGAGCUGGCUGUCGGAGGCGGUGGCAGCUGGCCGUGCAGGGAGUAGCAGAAGGGUGGGAUUUUGAGCUGGCAAAAGCCCGGCCGCCUUUCCCAAGUUGCUGCUGGUGACUUGAUGCUGCAGAAUGAAGAACCGGCUCCCUGUCGGAGAGCGCAGCGGAUGAGAGGGGUCUGCUUUUUGCAGGAGAUUUGGGCUGGCUUCAGAGGUGCCUCUUCCUCCCACUCCCUGCCCACGAGAACUGCUUUUCUUCCAGAAUUCCUGGCUGCAUUUACUGCUGGCAAAAACCCCUGCAGGAUGGAGAGUCACACUCUUUGGUUGGUGCAACUUUUCCUCUUUGCACUGUGGGUGAAUGGCCUAAUGACCAUUGGAUUAGCAGGUGCACAGCAGAGGGUUGUCUGCAAUGAAUCCCUCAUGUUACAAAAGUUGCCCGUGUGCGGGAAAUCCUUUGAAGAGAUGAUGCACAAAGUGGAUUCUCAAAAAUGGUGCAACUUAACAGAAUUUAUCCUGACUGUUUGCCCUUUCCAGACGUGGAUCUUUUACUCUGGGGACAGCAAAAUGCUGGCCCCUAAGGAGUUGUUCUCAGAUAGAGCAUUAGCUGGUAUCGCAGCCACGCCUAUCACGCUUCCUAGCGGCGCUGGCCACUGUUUCAACUCCGCCUCUAGUUUGCUGUACUGUGGGUUUUAUUUUGAAUAUCUGCAAAAGCUGGCUUUUGCUAUCGUCGGCUCAGGUGUCACUUUUGAAGUGGUGAAAGGGGGCGUUCCCUCUGUUUUUGCAUGA